AUGAAGGCAUUUCAAUAUGAGAACUCCCAAGAGGGCCUGGAACUUCGAGACAUCCCCAAACCUGAAGCUGGAAACGGGCAGGUCCAGCUCCAAGUCAAGGCCGCAGGCAUGUGCCACUCCGACUGCCACAUUGUAUCCGGUUCGAGCGACGCCUGGCUCACCAAGAAGCCAAUCACUCUCGGUCAUGAAGUUGCCGGCAUCAUCACCGAGAUCGGACCCGGAGUUGCUGGCUUCAGCCUGGGAGACAGAGUUGCAGUGUCCCAGGUGUGCCACCCGGUCGAAGAGCGCGACUGGUCGCUAGGCAUUGGACUAGGCUUCGACGGCGGCUAUGCUCAGUAUGCUGUGGCACCCGCACGGCGCCUCAUUCACAUUCCAGAAGGCGUUACUUUCGCCCAGGCCGCUGUGGCUACUGACGCGCUGGCCACUUCGUAUCACGCUGUGGUAGCAGAGGCUGGAGCAAAGCCUGGCAUGACUAUCGGCGUGGUCGGCCUCGGCGGCUUAGGUAUGUCGGGCCUUGCAUUCGGAGCUCUUCAAGGAGCCGUGAUGUAUGGCUUCGACAUUGAUAAAGACAAAUUUGAGGAGGCGACACGUCUUGGUGCCAGUGGAUGCUUCGAGAGCUUGGAUCUGGCCAGCGACGUGGUUCUUGAUGCCAUUGUUGACUUUGCCGGGACUGGACACACGACUCAGAGUGCCCUGAGAACGGUCAAGGAAGGGGGAAAAGUAGUUCUGGUUGGAUUAGCUGCCAAGACGGCAGUGGUAUCAACCGAGCUGAUGGUCUUGCGUACGGUGACACUUGUCGGCUCCCUGGGAGCGAGUGUUGACGAUCUGGCUCAAGUAUUGAAGCUCCUGAAAGAGGGAUUGAUAGAUCCAAUGUUGGUGGAGGUGCCGUUCUCUGAAAUACCCGCCAGCAUCGACGCUUUGGCUAAAGGAGGAGUCAAGGGAAGAUGCUGGGCAGAUCCAAGCAAAGUGGUGGAAUAA